AUGGAGGGGCGACAACAGCUCGAUUCCGCAUGGCGCAGUCUUUGUAGCCCGGAAGAGGUGCAAAUGCCUGUCAAUCCGAUUCACCUUCGAGAGUUUUACCAACAGAGCGAUCUUCGUGCCUUUGGAGAGUCACGGCUCGAUCCCGAGCAGGGCCACUUCGUGUCUGGGCGGACUCGCAGCCAACGCCGCAAGCUGGCUGAUCCAGCCCAGUUCAACUCCGCAUUCUUCGAAUAUCGGAGCCCACCCCCAUACGUCUCGGUGGACUUCGCAAAAAUGAGACUUCAGGGCGAUGGUGUGACAAUUGAAGUCUGCAUUCGCACUUGGGAGGACCUGUCCCCCUGGAUGACGCUCGACUCUUGUCUUCGCCGCCAUCAGGAAGAAAGCGAGGCGACAGUCCUGAACCGCCUCAUUGCACGUAUUGGUCACUGGUGUUCCGAGGGUUCAUAUGACAUGUUGACGGUGCAGCCUCAUUUGCUGCUUGACUUCGUCAAAGAUCGGGCGUGGGCGGAUCGGGCGUUGGAAAGAGACACUGUCAAGCGGAUCAACAAACUGGAACCCAAGUUUGCCCUCGCUAUGGCACGCGCACAGGCACAGCGCUCUAUGAGGGAAGUUGUUGGAGCAAUGACAGAGCCUCAGCAAAGUUGGACUGCAGAGAGGCUAUUGAUAGAGGGAUUCCGUGGAGAGUCUGGGGACCAUGAGGCGACAUCUGUUGCUCGUGCAAAAAAGGUGGCAGGACGGGAAUUGCCGAUCAUGCGGGCAACAUCAACGCAGAACAAUGGAGAACCGCAAAGAAGGACGACACACUGA